GCACUUGGAUUCGGCUCCUUCAUUUCCAACAUGGAAGAAACUUACAUCGAUUCCCUGGACCCUGAAAAGCUAUUACAAUGUCCCUAUGAUAAAAACCACCAGAUCAGAGCCUGCAGGUUUCCUUAUCAUCUUAUCAAGUGCAGAAAGAAUCAUCCUGAUGUCGCAAACAAAUUGGCUACUUGUCCCUUCAAUGCUCGCCAUCAGGUUCCUCGGACCGAAAUCAGUCACCAUAUUUCAAGCUGUGAUGACAAAAGUUGUAUAGAGCAAGACAUUGUCAACCAAACCAGGAACCUUGGACAAGAGACUCUGGUUGAGAGCACAUGGCAGUGCCCUCCUUGUGAUGAAGACUGGGAUAAAGAUUUGUGGGAACAAACUAGCACCCCAUUUGUCUGGGGCACAGCCAACUACUGUGGCAAGAACAGCCCUGCAAGCAACAUAGUUAUGGAACAUAAGAGUAACCUGGCUUCAGGCAUGCGCGUUCCCAAGUCUCUGCCGUAUGUUCUGCCAUGGAAAAACAAUGGAAAUGCACAGUAACUGAAUAUCUCAUCAAAUGACUGAACCUAGAAGACUCUUGCUUCUUCCUGCUAUCAGUGGGUUCUUCAUUUUUCUCCUAAUCUAAUUAUAGAAAGAUAAACUCUCUGUGACUUUCAAACUGACAGAUGCCUUUUUUUCUCUCCCCCCUUUUGAGUCCUCAUUUGAUCCAAGAAAGACUCCACAUAGUUUUAAAACUAUUUCAAAUAAACCAUUGAUGUAGAUAGCUU